CGAAAUAGAAAGAAAAUGCAUCUUGAAGAUUAAGAUACACACAACAAUCCGUAAGUGCGUCAGAAUUUUCAGAACCCGCCGUUCCCUGAUACUCUCGAAUCAAACAAUUAAAUGUUACUGUACAUCUGAAUGCUAUCGCGUGUAGAUAGCCCUGUUUAUAGCGAAAAGUAGUGUUCGCAACCGAUCCGUCCGGUAUUCAAUAUGUUUUCGGGUCUGCGAAAUACCUCGGAGGCUGUAGCAGUUCUAGCUUCCGUAGGUCUUGGUCUGGUUUUGUUCAUUUUUGUGGCUACCACGCCGAUGUCCGUUGAAGCGACCCAGUCGGGAAUUUACAUAGAUAAUGGCAAAGACCAGACGAUAAUGCACAGAGUUCUGAGCGAGGAUGACAAGUUGGACGUGUCUUAUGAGAUCCUUGAGUUCCUCGGUAUUGCCGAGCGUCCCACUCACUUAAGCAGCCACCAGUUGUCACUGAGAAAAUCAGCUCCCAAGUUCCUGCUUGACGUCUACCAUCGCAUCACGGCUGAGGAGGGGCUCAGCGACCAUAACCACGACGGUGAUGACGAUGACUCCUAUGAGCGAAGCCAUAGGUCCCGGAGAAGCACCGAUCUCGAGGAGGAUGAGGGCGAUCAGCAAAAGAACUUUAUCACCGAUCUGGACAAACGGGCUAUAGACGAGAGCGACAUCAUAAUGACCUUUCUAAAUAAGCGCCACCACAACGUAGAUGAACUGCGCCAUGAGCAUGGUCGCCGUCUGUGGUUUGACGUCUCCAAGGUGCCAAACGACAAUUACUUGGUGAUGGCCGAGCUGCGCAUCUACCAGAACGCUAAUGAGGGCAAGUGGCUGACCGCAAAUAGGCAGUUCACCAUUACGGUCUAUGCCAUUGGAACUGGAAAAUUGGGCCAGAACACUAUGGAACCGCUGUCUUCGGUGAACACAACUGGAGACUACGUGGGCUGGCUGGAACUCAACGUAACAGAGGGUCUGCACGAAUGGCUAGUGAAAUCAAAGGACAACCACGGCAUCUACAUAGGAGCUCAUGCCGUAAAUCGACCAGAUCGUGAGGUUAAACUAGAUGACAUAGGAUUGAUUCACCGUAAGGUUGAUGAUGAGUUUCAGCCCUUCAUGAUCGGCUUCUUCCGGGGACCAGAGUUGAUAAAGGCAUCGGCGCACAGUAGUCACCACAGGAGCAAGCGAAGUGCCAGCCAUCCUCGUAAGCGCAAGAAGUCGGUGUCGCCUAACUCUGUUCCUCUACUGGAGCCGAUGGAGAGCACACGCAGCUGCCAGAUGCAGACCUUGUACAUAGACUUUAAGGAUCUGGGCUGGCACGACUGGAUCAUCGCUCCGGAAGGCUACGGGGCCUUCUACUGCAGCGGCGAGUGCAAUUUUCCGCUCAAUGCUCACAUGAACGCAACGAACCAUGCGAUCGUCCAGACUCUGGUCCACCUGCUGGAGCCCAAGAAGGUUCCCAAGCCCUGUUGUGCUCCGACCAGACUGGGAGCACUCCCCGUUCUUUACCAUCUGAACGACGAGAAUGUAAAUCUGAAAAAGUAUAGAAACAUGAUUGUGAAAUCCUGCGGGUGCCAUUGAAUUCAAUUUACCACUUAGGCUAAGUUAUAUAAAGCAUUUCUGUGUAGAUGUCCACCUCUGUACUAAUCUCGAAUAUUUUUAUAGAAAUAUACAGCGCUGUACCUAACUAAAA